GGGGGAUAAUUUAACUUAUUAUAUACUUGAUAUUUAUUUAUAAUACUACCUUGCUCGUAUCCCUGGGAUUCCUAUUGGCAUUCCUAUGGAGAUCCACCUGCAGGGAGAGAGUUCUUGACCACAAACAAUGGAAGACUGUCUACACACCUCUUCGGAGAACCUCUCCAAGCUAGUGAGUUGGGCACACAGUCAUGGGACAAUUUGUAGCCUUAUUCCUAACCUCAAGCAUUUGCUCUCUGAGGGCUCCCAUGGCACUUUGACAGCUAUGUGGGGAUGUAGUGCUGGCCAUGCAUAUCAUUGGCCUCUAACUACAACUUGUAGGGCUGGACCCCAGGAAAGAGUUUGUUUCCAGGACAGUAGAAGCUUCAACUCUGACAGUCCUAGCAUACUUGGAGUUCCAUCAGAGACUCAAACAAGCCCUUUGGAUAGGUAUCCAAGAUCUAGUAAAUCAAAACUAGACUGCAACAGAACAAGGGACUCCUGUGAUUUUUCCUAUUGCAGUGAACCGUCAGAGCUGGAUGAUCCGGUGGAAGAAUAUGAAGAUGAAACCACCUUAUUUGACAUGGUGUGCGAAUCCUCAGUAACCGAUGAAGACAGUGAUUUUGAGCGUGGAGCCCAGCAAUCCCCGAAUGUUUCCCGAAAGAGGCCUGCUGGUGGCCUUACUUCCUCUGCUUUAGCGUCUCGGUCACAUACUACCGAUGAAGAAAGUAACAAUGUCCUUGUCAAAAAAAUCAAACAGGAGACUCCUGAAGACUACUACAUUGUUGCUAAUGCAGAACUCGCUGGUGGAGCUGAUGGUCCCGCAAUAUCUAUUACACAGAUGUCCAAACAAAAGAAUCAGACACUCUCCACUCCCCCAUUUGUGGGACCGUCCAAACCUCCCAGCACUGUGCCACCCUCACAAAGCAAUGAAUUGGAUAUGCAGCCUGUAGCAUCGUCUCCUUUAGUUUUACAACGGCAACCCCCUCAAAAGACUCUGAGGCCAUCCUUGGCUCCCCAGAGCAAACCACCAUGUAAUAAUUCAGUAGUCACCCAACAAAUAGGACUUCAGAUGCCGGUCAGCACCUCCACAGGAAACCCCAGCCAGCCUAUUAAUAUACCGCUAUCAGCACUUCAGUUGCCUGGCCAUGAGAAGAAAGAAGUUACAGAAGAGCUUCUUCCUCCUGUACUGAAGCCGAUGUUGCCAUGUGAUGUAGCACUCUCUCCUUCUAUAAGUGCCGAACCAGAAGUUACCUCUAGUCAACAGCAGCCAAAUAGUGUCCCCAAUAUUGGCUGUGAGGCAUCAGCACAGUCUAUCCCAGACGAGGACGAGGCAGCAGCUGAGUUGAACAGAGAACAAAAUGAAAAAACUAUACGUAGCACACAAACAGCUCUGCGCAACUUUAGGGAGUUCAUCAUCUCCAAAUACCCAAUGGAGACUCGAGAAAUCUAUAUGAUCCCUUGCAAAGAACUAGAUGACUACUUGGCUUCUUUCUUUGUCGAUGCCAGACAGAAAGAUGGAUCUGAAUAUGAACCCAAUAGUCUUGCCAACUAUCAAUGUGGCCUGGAGCGUUACCUGAAAGAACAUAGGUAUGGUUAUAGCAUCACUAGAGACAAGGAGUUUAAGAGAUCCCAGGAAGCCUUGAAACAAAAACAAAUUGAACUACGGUGUAAAGGAAAGGGUAACAAACCACACAAGUCUAUGAAGCUUACAUUUGCUGAUGAACUCAUACUUCGUAAGAGAGGCCUUCUUAGCCGAUACAAUCCUGAAGGACUGCUAAACCUUGUUUGGUUGAAUAACACCAAAGCUUUUGGGCACUGCACUGGCUUUCAUGGCUCUACACUCAAAUGGGGUGAUGUUCGACUUCGAGUGUUGGAGACUGGGCUGGAGUUCCUCGAAUGGAUGGGUCAAGAAAGCCCUGAUGCCAAAAUAAAGAGAGCAGGGACUGAAUGCAGGGUUUAUGCCACGCCACACUCUCCACAGACCUGCCCUGUACAGGACUACAAGGAAUAUGCACAGAGGCGUCCACCGGCCAUGCGUUAUGAAGAUGCUCCUUUUUAUUUGUCCAUUAAGCCUGUUGUAAACCUAGCUGCUCUUCACUGGUAUAACUGCCAGGCCCUUGGGAAAAACAAACUGGCAAAGAUGGUGAAGACAAUGUGUGAGAAGGGAAACAUCCCUGGGCGGAAAACCAACUUCAGUGUUUACCAAAGUUGCAGCACAUUGUCUGAAGCACAAAGCAAUCAGUUAGUGCUUAUAUGUAACAAUUUGAGCCAGCAAGCUGCCCAGUCUAUGGCCAGUCAUUCUGGUCCUGGAAACUUUAUAGUCUCUGCUUCAUACGAUUCAUCUUCGGACACCACCUGCCAUAUAGACACUCAGGCUUAUGAUUGGCUUGACGAGCCAAGCCUGGAGUCUGGCUAUCAAAAGAGGCACAUCAGGGAAGAGGGACAAAGGGAUAUGGUUCCAAAAGAGGGCCUGUCAGUCCUAAAGGGGGCACUUUGGAGUUUUUUUUAUAUAUUUGUGUUUUCAGCCUAUUCAACCAAACUCAACAGGUUUCCAAUUUUUAAUUUUCAAGAUGAUCUGAAAGACCUGUGCAUUAGUGCCGUGAGUUCAAACACUACCAAGGCUACCUUGUAUGCCUUAAAUGUAUGGCGUUACUGGUGCAUGACGAGAGGGCUCAAAGACUGCAUGGACUUCACAAAGGUCCCAGCUGUUAAGCUGAAUGAACUUCUGGAGGACUUUUAUAUCACUGUGAAAAAAACUGAUGGAUCAGAUUUCCUUGCCACCUCCCUUCAUGCCAUCCGCCGGGGUUUGGACCGCAUUCUGAAGAAUGCUGGAGCAGGGUUCUCUAUUACCAGUAGUGUCUUUAAUUCCUCAUCCCAGAAGCUCAAGGAAAAGUUAAAAAUGCUCAACAAAGCUGGAAUGUCUGGCUCUCGGUCACGAAACAUUGUCUACUUUUCUCUGGCUGAUGAAGAGGAAAUGUGGAAAAUUGGUUGUUUGGGUGAUGAUGGGCCAGUCUGCUUGCUGUCCUCUGUGGUAAAAUACAAUAGUCAGUUCCUUAAUAUGAGGACAUUACAGGAACAUGCAGAUCUGAUGUACGGUGAUAUAGAACUUCUCAAGGACGCAAAUAACAGACCAUUUUUUGCUAGAACAGACGGUGCAAAAAGAGACAAGCAAGUUAACCCAAAUAGAAUGAGCUAUGGGCAGAUAUAUCAUGAGCAUUCACAUGGCCACAAGCGGUGUCCAUACUGUCUCCUGUACAAGUACAUGUAUACAUUCCGCCCACCUAGUCAGAUGGAGCCACAUUCAGCCUUUUAUCUGACAGCUCGAAAAGAGAUCAGUGGGAUGGAAAAUAUCUGGUAUGAGGAGCAGAGGAUGGGGCUCCGCUCUUUGCGUGGUGUUGUCCCAAAACUGGCAAAAAGAAUUAAGCUUGAUCAGUGUGACAAUUACACAUUUGUUUCAUUUACUCAGACAUUCAGAAAAUUUGGUCCUCUUGAUAACUUUUAACAACCUUAUUCACGCUCCAGUAAAUAUUACAAUUAUUACUUGUAUGUAGAUGUAACCAGCAGGACAUAUUAUAAAGGUGAGC